UACAAAACCAAAAGUAAAAAGACGCAAAAACAAAUCUUAAACACCCACACCCGUAGAAAUCCACUUUUUCCGAGACGAAAGACGAUGGCAAGAGCUAACCCAUGAUGUUCAACCGAAAGGUUUCUGGAUCGAAUCCUCGAGCUGACAAGGGAACCAUAAUGCUGCCUGCUAAGGAGCUACUGCUGCUGGCCACUCUGGAGGAGUUGACUGAGGGAGGAGGAAACCUGGAGCAAUUUCAGCGGUUCUUGACUAGCCUGCUGCCCAUAUUUCCCCCCAUUCCAGAGAGCCAGCUGGAUGGCCCUGACAGGCAGGACACAGUGGAUGAGAUGGUGCAGACCUUAGGCCCUGAGGAUGCUGUGAAGGUCACACUGAGGAUCCUGAGGAAUUUAAAACAGUUUGAUCUUGCAAAAAAGUUAGAGAGAAACUACAAACAAGUUAUUCCAUGCUCUAAAGGCUUACUGACUACCCCUGGAGCAAGUGAAGACCAGGAGACCUAUGAUGACAUUGAAGAAGGUGCAGGUGAAGAAUAUGUCUCCAUGUGCGAUCUGGGGUCACCACAACCUCACAUCAUUCCUGAAGGAGAACAUAUAUAUGAGAACUGGGAUGUCAUAGACAUUACCGCCACUUCAGCUCCACCGCACAUAAGCAUUCCUGAGAGAGGAGCAGAAGGCCCUUACCCCAAUAUCAAACCUCAACUAAAAGGGAUGCUGAAACGCAGUCUCUCAUUAAAUGAUCUUCAAGUCAGAACACCAUCCUCGUCUCGCAGAGUUUCUGGUGACAAAGGAGAAUACAUCAGCUUGAUUAGCAGUUCUUUGAGUCCCUUGGACAAAAAGCAGUUGAGCAGCAAAGCCACUGAAAUGUGCCCCACAAUGCCAUCUGUUCCAGAUCUGCUCCUCGCUACUCUAGAGAUGCUAAACGCAGAAGAGUUUAAGAGAUUUUUGAGUCACCUGGCUCACUGCCUGCUGUCCAUAUUUCCCCCCAUCCCAUGGAACCAACUGGAGAACGCUGACACAAAGGUCACAGUGGAUAAGAUGGUGCAGAGCUACAGCCCCGAAUAUGCUGUGAAGAUCACAGUGGUGAUCCUGAAGAUGAUGAAUUGGUUUGAUCUCGCUGAGAAGUUAAGGAAUAAUUACAGACUAGGGACUAAAACAGCAUGGAAUGUGUCACCGAGCAGUCACACAUCAUCUUUGUCCAAGGGUAAAGAGAACAAGGAGGAGCUUUUUGUUUCCAGUCCCUCUGCAAAACAAAAUAAACCUUUUGCAAUUCAAAGCAACAAAGAUGCCCUGGUCAUGGGACCCACAACGCUGACUAUUACAGAUCUGCUGCAGGUCACUCUGAUGAAGCUGAACAAAAAAAGGAGAAUUACGUUUUUCCUAACUGGCAGCCUGCUGCCCGGCUUUCCUCCAAUCCCAGAUAGCCAGCUAAGGUACGCCAACAUAGGGGUCAAAGUUGAUAAGAUGGUGCAGAUCUUCGGCCCUGAGGGAGCUGUGAAGAUCACACUGAGGAUCCUGAGGGAGAUGAAUCUGCAUAAUAUUGCCGAUGAAUUAAAGAGAGAACACAGCAGAGACCAUGCCCUGUCAUGCCUUCCCAGUCGUCCUUUAUCUAGCGAACGAUCAAAGGAAGAGGAGAUCGAGGAUCUGUCUCAAAGCUUAACUGAUACCAAGGAGCAAUUAUUAAGGAAUGUAUUAGGAAAGGUCGACCAAGCCAUGCGUCUGACUGACCCUCUGCAGACGUCUCCUGAUAACUUGGUAACAGAGACAUAUGAGGAGAGCAGGGGAGUAUACCGUGCCCCAGUGCAGGUCUGUUCCCAAGUGGUGUAACCGGCCUUGGGUUUGGGAUGGAGGGGGAGGGGGAAGUGCUCUAUUGGACAGUCCCCUGGGACAGGAGGCUUCUAGCACAGAGAGGCAAGAGGCCUGCGGGACCCCUGUUCAAAUUCACAUGCCUUAAAGGGCCUAUCUGUCAACUACAACUCCCACACUGUGAGCUUCAUUCUAAGGGUGGAUGUGACUUCCUGUCUGUAGCCCAUGUGAUGGAUGACAGUUUGGAGUUUAUCCGUGACGUUCAGAUAACCGACACACGUCAUAUUAAACAUCAAUGGAUUCUCUGCUUAUGGCAUCGUCAGGGAAGAUGACUCACCCACUGUCCCUAUACGUGCACUUGUCUUGUUAUUCUACAAACUCCCAGUUGUCCCUAAGAAGAGGUCCAUCCUUAAUGUGUUGUUGCUUCCCAGAAAUGUUAUGAUCAGGGAGGUACAGGAGGAGUGGAAGAGAAGAAAUGGAGACCAAGAAAUCUACAUUGAAACUAACGCUCACUGCCAACUAAUCCCAAAGCAAGAAUACACCCUCUCCACUGAUCUUACAGAUGAACAUCAAAUAAGACCAAAGGAUGCAGCAUUUGAAAACUACGAAAACUACAUCCCAACAUUUCAGUUGUUCUUACAAACUGUUGUUGAACAAGUUGAUCUUCUCCUGAAAGAAAAUAAUGGUGCAGAGUCUGUGUGGGAUAGACUUGUCUGGCUUCCAGUUUCACCAACAGAAAUCAUCUCUACAGCGUCCGGCCCUCUCCCUGUAGCCCCUCCUGCCAAUCCUCCUACUCUCGCAGGAGAGGACUUCAUAAUAAAACACAGAGUGAAACUGGAGGAACGCAUGGGUGAAUUGCAGCCCAUACUCCUCAAGCUUCAGGACUGUAAAGUACUGAACGAUGUGGAGCGAGAGAAGAUUGACAACAUAAGUUCACGGAUCCAGAGGAACAAGGCCCUUCUGGACAUGAUUAUGAGGAAGGGACCUCGUGCCCAGGUACAGCUCUACCAGGCCCUAAAAAAAGAGGACCCUUACCUGGUGGAAUACCUGCAAGAGGAGACAUCCUGACCAUAGAUUGGUGUGUAAAGUAAUCCAACAAUGACUACAACAUGUAAAUGGACCAGGAGCCUAGAGAUCAGGACAGGGUUACUACGCAGGUGCACUGGCUGCAAACAGCAAGCUUCAGGACUUUGCUAUUUAAUGGCAUUAUAUAUGUUUUAAUCUCUGUAUAAAAUACAUAUGUAGAUGGUAAGUAUAUAUUUACAAGCCUUUAUUUACAUUUUCAUGUCAGUAUUUUAUACAUACACAUGCAGAUUUAUGCAUCAGUCAUUUCUAUAGAUGUUCAGUGUCGCUGGAAUUUCUGUCCGCACACUUGUGUUUUUUAUUGGUCUCAUACUGUGAUGGAGAGAUGCUUGUAUAAAAGUUGCGUCAUUCUUGUCCACAUAGAAUGUACUGUAUGAAAAUGACCAUAUAGCCAGGUCUAGUCUGUUGAAUGGCAUAUCUGUGGACAAGAGAUCAAUGCCAAGUGGUGGCAGGCAACCUAUUAUACAUAAACAAAAAAUACAUUAACAGUGUGAGGGCAAUGUUCAAUAGUGUAAAGUUAUAUUACAUUUGAUCGGAGCUACUCCACCUGUGUCAAAACAUCCUGGGUGUGUCACGUUUCCAUUGAAUAGCAGCUCCAUCCUUGCACGUCGUCCCUCGUUCCAAAAAACAGUUCACACAUUGAUGAGCCGCUUCCCGGACCACAGAUUAAAAGGGCUCUAUUCAAUCGGCGUCGCAGAAAUGGAUCUUUACAGCGUGAUUGACAUUUUAAGGAAGUGUGCCCGCUUUAGUGGAGGCUGCAUUCAUGGUAAACGCUGCAUAUGUCGGCUCAAUCGGAAAUGACCUUUACAAUUCUAUCAAAAUGUUAUUCGUCACAUGCUUCGUAAUGAACAGGU